UAAUAAAUUAUUGAUUUUAGAAAAAAUAAUUUAAAAAUAACUAUACAAAAUGUCUGCUUCUUUAGAUUCAGAUCUGGAUCCCAUGGAAGAGAUUCGCUUCCGGAAAAAACAUGGCGCAAUGUGGAUCGACAUACAAAAGGAAACGCAUUUCACUUUCGACGAACUGGAACAAAUAAUGGUCAUAUUUUUCAAGAUACAAAAGCGCGAUGAGAAACCGGCGGGACACGAUUUGAUAUCCAGAGCUCACUUCAGGGAUGUCCUACACACAGGCCUCGGCAUGACAGACGCGUACAUGAUGGAGCGGGUGAUGGUAGCCCUGGAUCGAGGGACCUCCCCCUACGUCACCAUGGCCACCUUCGCCAAAGCCCUCUCCCUCUACCUCCGCGGCGAUCUUGAAGAGAGGAUCUCCUACGCAUUCACUUGCUAUGAUCUGCUGGGAGAGGGAUCUCUUAGAAGAGAAACUAUGUACCAGCUAAUGAAAAAGAGUCUGGCCAAGGCUUCUCGAGAUGAUGACGUCGAAGAGGCAGUCAAGGAGCUGGUAGACAUCAUCUUGAAGCGCAUGGAUGCCGACCUAGACGGCGUGAUCAACUUCAAGGACUUCCACGACUCGGUUGUGAAGACCCCUCCGUUGCUGGAACUCCUGGGCUACUGCCUGCCAGAGAGGCCGGCGGUCUACUCCUUCUUGGGCACCUGGUGCCCGCAUUGGCGCAAGAUGUGAUACUGACAUUUGAAAAUUGUAGAUCAAAUUACUUCUUUCUAGUUUAUUUGAAAGCAUCAUAAAAGCCUUUUCAGUCUAGCGAUUUGUUCGGUGAUUUAUCGAUAAAUCGCACUAACUACGCUACCAGUAAGUUGAUAAUCGCGGAGAGAUUUCAUCCGCAGAGAU